AUGGGCCGAGGGGUGCUUGAAAGAAGAGAAGAAGCUCUUCUGAAAUUGAAAGAAGCUUUCAAUUUUCCAAAUGGCUCUUCUCUUCCUUCUUGGAAUAACCAAACCUUCUCUGAUUGCUGCACUUGGGAGUCUGUUAAGUGUGACAACUCUACUCACAGAGUGAUAGUAAUUGAUUUGAGUUACACAAGAGCUGAAGAGUUGGGACACAUCAAAUGGUCACUCAAUGCUUCUUCUUUUCUCCCCUUCAUCCAGCUUCAAGUGUUGCGUUUGCGUGGGAAUUACUUGUCAGGGCUGCUUGGCGAUAUCAGGCUGGCGAACUUGGAAGUGUUGAACUUACAAUACAAUAUGCUCAGAGAAUUCCCAUAUUUCGACCUUUCUCAUUCACGUAAUCUGGAGGCGCUGUGGCUUGGUGCUAAUUACUUGGAGGGCAGUAUUCCAGAAUCUAUUACGUCUCUGGCUUCCCUCACGGUAUUGACAUUAGAUAAUAACAACCUGACUGGAUCAUUGCCACAACGAGGUACGCAUCAUAUUUUAUAG